CAAAAGAUAAUCAUCCCUUCUUCUUCCCACAAUGGUCCUAAUCCCACCAAAUUUGCUCUGCACCAUCCGCCAUUAACAUCCUCCUCCCAUUCUUUCUUUCCAGACAAAUUAAGUUCAAUCAUAAGUCUACAGUUCAUCAUCCCUUUUUUUUAAAUCAUUAACUUACCCUCUUUUAAUCUUAGCCUUUUCUUAAACUAAUGAACACACUUCAACAUCCACUUCCACUGCAUCUCAUAAUUAGCUUACGUUACUUUUUCCGAAAAACAAAAAAAAAAAAAGAAAAAGAAAAUAAUAUCAAAGAUUUAUUAUAAAUUAGUAGAUCAUACAGCUCGGAUUCCAACCAAUGAAAGAGGGCCCUUCUGGUAAUUCCCUCUAAAAACUCAGGCCCCAUUAUUCCCAUUCUUUCUUCUUCUCUCCUAGCUAGGAAGAAAGAGUCAUUGAUUUUAGAUUUUAUAUAACUAAAUUUGGUCCGCCAAAAGUAUACGUUGCGGCACCAACAUGCCGCCGGUCUGCUCUCACCCAUAAUCCUCCCCCAACAAAAUUAUUCCCCUCAUUCUUCUUCUUCCUCUGUCAUCCAACACUAACAAACAAACAAAACUUCCCAAAUUAUUCUUCUUAUUUGGUUAUGCAAUUGGCCCAGCUGUUAUCUUUUUCUUUCUUCAUCGUUUCUGUAACGUUUUUUUGAGUUGAAAAAAAAGAAGAAAAAGAUCAAAAUGUUGUGCCGGAAAACCUCAGUCAAUCAGAGUGGACGUGGAACUGUUCCGGUGUAUCUGAAUGUGUAUGACCUGACUCCAAUCAACGGCUAUGCUUAUUGGGUUGGUCUCGGAGUUUAUCAUUCCGGUGUUCAAGUUCAUGGGGUGGAAUAUGCAUUCGGAGCUCAUGAAUAUCCGACCACCGGAAUCUUCGAAGGAGAACCGAAACAGUGUGAUGGGUUCACGUUUCGGAAAUCGAUUAUGAUCGGAUGGACGGAAAUGACACCGGGGCAAGUCAGGGGAGCUAUGGAGGAGCUUGCUGAAAAGUACAAAGGGAAUGCUUAUAAUCUCAUCACCAAGAACUGUAACCAUUUCUGCAAUGAUGCUUGUAUAAAGCUUACCGGUACACCCAUCCCCAGUUGGGUUAAUCGCCUUGCCAGAAUAGGUUCGUUCUGCAAAUGUAUCAUUCCAGUGAGCUUAAACACCACUAAAGUUCGUCAUCAUACAAUUGAAGACAAAGCUUGUGAAGGAGAGAAAGUGCAACUCAAAAGCCGUUCGAGAAGGACCAAUGUUUCUACGAAUACGUCAACGUCUUCAUCCUCUUCUUCUUCACCUCCGGAUUCUUCCAGUAGGGGUAGGAAUAGAAGAAUCUCUCAUCCUCCACCUUCCCCUGUGAAUUUAAGGCCAAGUUCUUAGAUGAUCUUUUUCGAGUUUGUCCAAACUUUUCUCCGUUUCCUUUUUUGGGUUUUCCAUUGAAAACCCGCAUGAUCUCAAUGCAAGAGUUUUGAGAUAUUUGUACAUUCAAUUCACAGCCCCACCAAUGAAAAUGACAAGAAAAUGCAGCUAAAAAAUUUGGGGGAAUUCCUACCUUUUGUACGUUCAAUCUCGUUAUGCAUUUCAUUUUCAGACUCUGAUUAGACUUUCAGAAAACAUGUUCAUAGAGUUGGUAACAUCACCUCAUGUUAUGUUUAUCAUUUCCAGGACAAAUCGACUACCAGAAAUAUGCUAGCAAAUUCGGUAGCAGGUUGUUUUAGGACGCAAAUUUCCACAUUUUAUUUGGUUGUUU